AUGCGUACUUCUAUGCUUCUGGGUGCUCUCUGCGCCGCCGGUGCCAUGGCCUCCCCCAUGGAAAAGCGCUCCUACGAGACCGACUGGACCAUCGUCACCGUGACCACCACCAUCACCGCUCCCCUGCCUCCCGCGGACCCGACCUCGGCUCCCGCGCAGAAGGUGAAGGUCUCCGAGUCCAUCUCCAGCGCUCCCGCCCCCGAGGUUGAGCCUACCACUUCGGAGCCCGCCCCGGUCCCGACCACCACCCCGGCCGCCGCCCCCGUCGAGCCCUCGACCGAAGCUCCCGCUCCCGAGCCCACCACCACCGCCCAGCCCACGACCUCCCAGGGUGGCGUGGUUGAGAACAUCGAGGGUGCCUUCACCUCUGCCUGGACCUCCGCCUGGACCGUUCCUGCCGCCGAACCCACCACCAGCUCGACCUCCUCCAGCUCGAGCUCCACCGCCGCGGGCGCCGCUGCCACCGGUUCCUACCAGAAGACCAUCCUGCACAACCACAACAUCCACCGUAGCAACCACUCUGCCAGCGACCUCACCUGGUCCGCCGACCUGACGGCCAGCGCCCAGGUUCUUGCCUCUCGCUGCGUCUAUGAGCAUGACACGAGCAUCAACGGUGGUAACUACGGCCAGAACAUUGGUUACGGAGUUGCCGAGAGCGAAAUUGGAGCGAUGAUUACCAACCUGAUGUACAACGACGAGAUGGGCUUCUGGGAUCAGUAUGACCUGUACGGCAAGGCCGACCCCGACAUGUCCCUCUUCGAGAGCUGGGGUCACUUCAGUCAGAUCGUCUGGAAGGGCACCACCGAAGUCGGUUGCGCCACCGUGACCUGCCCUACCCUUGGCAACGUCGACGCGGCCACCUCGGUGCCGUUCACCGUCUGCAACUACGGUCCUCCUGGCAACUAUGCUGGUGAAUAUGCCGACAACGUCAAGCGUCCUCUUGGACAAAGCAUGGUGACUGUCUAA